AUGAUGUUCAAGGUGUUGCCAAUCCGCUCCCUCGAGCUCGCCCCCUGGACCUGGAAGAGCAGCUGGAACAAGGACAUGCCCUCCUUCUUCCAGGGCAUGCCCAACGGUGUCUACGACAACAUCUACGAGGACCUCGAUGACUCACCUGUGUCCUACCACACCACUGAGCCUGUCGACCCCACCGAGUACCAGAACGAGUACAUUGGCAAUGUCAUCGGCAUCUACUAA